UAGAGUGAGGGGGCAGAUUCGGGGGCACCCUAUGGCCGUGCGGUACUGAGCCGGGGUAGAGAGCGCGCAGGGCCGCCUUUAGUGUCAGUCAGAGGCUCAGGGGCUUGGGCUGAUGUUGCCGAGUCAGGCCGGGGCUUCCCCGGGAAACGGCUCCUCGCUGGGUCGCAGCUCCGGGCUCGGCUUACCCCGCAGAGCUGGUAACGGAGCGUCUCCUAGUCGGGGCCGAGCUCCGGCUCCGGGCGGGAUGGGCCCCCGGUAUGAAGUGGUCCCCGGUCAGGCCAUGUACAGCGGCAGCGAAGCCACCUCUGACUCCGGGGAUGACGACGAUCCGCCCGCCGUAUCCCGCGGCGUGAAACGCAGCCUAACCGAGCUAGACCUGGGAGUCCCGGAGACCGGCGUGCCGGGGCCCGGUGCAUAUACCGGGGCCACCGGGGCAGUGUCUGGGGCCAAACCCGGCAAGAAAACCCGGGGCAGAGUCAAGAUCAAGAUGGAGUUUAUCGAUAACAAGCUCCGGAGGUACACGACGUUCAGCAAGCGGAAGACCGGCAUCAUGAAGAAGGCCUACGAACUGUCCACGCUGACCGGGACGCAGGUGCUUCUGCUGGUUGCCAGUGAAACGGGCCACGUCUACACGUUCGCCACGCGGAAGCUGCAGCCGAUGAUAACCAGCGAGACGGGGAAGGCGCUGAUCCAGACCUGUCUGAACUCCCCGGACUCCCCGCCACGCUCCGACCCGUCCACCGACCAGCGCAUGAGCGCCACGGGCUUCGAGGAGACCGACCUCACCUACCAAGUGUCCGAGUCUGACAGCAGCGGAGAGACCAAGGACUCUCUGAAGCCGGCGUUUACCGUGGCCAACCUUCCUGGCACGUCCAGCAUUCAGACGGCCCCCACCACGUCCACGUCCAUGCAGGUCAGCAGUGGCCAGUCCUUCCCCAUCACCAACUACUUGGCCCCCGUGAGCAGCGCCAACGGAACCGUCCUGAAAACAGAAGGCAGCGCCAUGAGCUCCGGGGGAUUGAUGCAGCUGCCCACGGGCUUCACGCUCAUGUCCGGGGGGGCCAUGGCACAGCAAGUCCAAGCCAUUCAGGUGCAUCCGGCCGCGCAGGCGUCCCCGUCCAGCGACAGCAGCGCGGAGCUGGUGCAGACGUCGUCCGGUGGGACAGUGACGCUGCCCACGGCCAUCAUGACCUCGUCGGUGCCGACCACGGUGAGCGGCCACAUGAUGUACCCCAGCCCCCACGCGGUGAUGUACGCUCCCACGCAGGGUCUGACCGACGGGAGCCUCGCCGUGCUCAACGCCUUCUCCUCCGCCCAGUCCAUGCAGGUGUCGCACUCCCAGGAGCAGGGGGGUGUCCAGCAGGUGUUUCUCACGGCGCCGCCCGGUACCGUCCAGAUCCCCGUGUCUGCCGUACAGCUCCAUCAGAUGGCGGUGAUCGGCCAGCAGUCCGGCGGGAGCAGUAACCUAACAGAGCUGCAGGUGGUUAAUCUGGACUCUGCACACAACAGUAAAAGUGACUGACGUGGAGCGGCCGCCCAGCAGAGGAAGCCCGCGCUUUGCAGACUCUGACACUUAUUUAUUGUUGCCUUUUUCACUAUUUUUUUUUCUUCAAACCUCUUGGUUUUUACCAUUUCUGAGAACGGCGAAGAACGCGGCUUUAUUACCCCCGGCUCGGUAUUGUGGCCCCAGGCAGGGGCCGUUCUGCUGAAGUAAAAGAUUAAGGGGUAUGUGCUGGGGGUAAGAACGGGGUAUCGCAUGCACUGAAGUAGUCUGUACCGGUUCCUCGCACCCUGCGGCGGUCUGGCGUUACCUGCGUGUGCCACGGAGGAGUUACCCACUCUGUUACCCCGCGGCGGGGGCAGUUGAUGGCCGCAGCGGGGCGGAUCUGCCUCCCAGAGAAGAAGCCUUUAUUUUUCUAAAUGUUUUUUUUUUCUUCAGUAUUUUUGUG